UGUAUGCACAUGAUUGGGUUACAAAUAAGACCAUAUUAAUAAUACCUCUGCUGAUAAACAGACAGGCUGCAGCUCCAACAAAAACAUGGUGGCUCAAGGCAGCAAUGGAAAAAGAAGAAAACAGUGAGACUUGACGUCGGCAGGGCCCUUGGGAAAACCAGAAACCACACCAGAUCAGAUCAGAUCCGACCAGGCUGAACCUGAAACCUCUGGCACUGAUCAGAUCAGAACAGAAAUCAGACCGCACAGCAUCAGCUCCUGAAGAUACACCACGGUAAACAAGUGAGUGACGGCACAGAGGGGGCGAACCUGGAGUGUGAAAAACUGAAGAUAUCUGCCAGAGACAAAGGACAGCAGUCAUGCCGGGCUCAGGAGCAGCAGACCCGAAGGGAGAAGAUUUCUCCACUGCCAUCCUGAAGCAGAAACACAGGCCCAACAGACUCGUGGUGGAUGAGAAUGUCAGUGAUGACAGCAGCCUCGUCAGCCUGUCACAGAACAAGAUGGAGGAGCUGCAGCUCUUCAGGGGGGACACAGUGGUGUUGAAGGGUCGGAAACAACGUCAGACGGUGUGCAUCGUCCUGAGUGACGACUCCUGUUCGGACGAACGGAUCCGGCUGAACCGUGUGACGCGCAGCAACCUGCGAGUCCGCCUCGGUGAUGUCAUCAGUAUCCAUGCCUGCAGUGACAUCAAGUAUGGAAAAAAGGUCCACGUCCUCCCGAUAGACGAUACCAUCGAGGGCCUGACUGGGAGCCUCUUCGAUGUUUUCCUCAAGCCGUACUUCCUGGAAGCUUACCGGCCCGUACACAACGGUGACAUCUUCUUGGUGAGGGGCAGCAUGCGGGCGGUGGAGUUCAAGGUGGUGGAGACGGACCCCAGUCCUCACUGCAUCGUCGCCCCUGACACCGUCAUGUACUGUGAGGGCGAUCCAAUCAAAAGAGAGGACGAGGAGGAGAACCUCAAUGACAUCGGCUAUGACGACAUCGGGGGCUGUCGGAAGCAGCUGGCCCAGAUUAAAGAGAUGGUUGAACUUCCACUCAGGCACCCGGGUCUCUUCAAGGCAAUAGGAGUUAAGCCCCCCAGGGGCAUCCUGCUGUAUGGCCCUGCAGGAACAGGGAAGACCCUGGUGGCCCGAGCAGUAGCCAAUGAAACUGGUGCCUUCUUCUUCCUCAUUAAUGGUCCUGAGAUCAUGAGCAAGCUGGCAGGAGAGUCUGAGAGCAACCUGAGGAAGGCGUUUGAGGAGGCAGAGAAAAAUGCUCCAGCCAUCAUCUUUAUUGAUGAGCUGGACGCAAUCGCUCCCAAGAGAGAGAAGACCCAUGGCGAGGUGGAGAGGCGUAUAGUGUCCCAGCUGCUGACCCUGAUGGAUGGCCUGAAGCAAAGAGCUCACGUGGUUGUCAUGGCAGCAACAAACCGACCGAACAGCAUUGACCCUGCACUGAGACGCUUUGGCAGGUUCGACCGGGAAAUUGACAUUGGGAUUCCAGAUCCCACCGGGAGACUGGAGAUACUGCAGAUUCACACCAAGAACAUGAAACUGUCUGAUGACAUCGACAUUGAGAAGAUCGCCAGAGAGACCCACGGACAUGUGGGCGCCGACCUGGCUGCUCUGUGCUCAGAAGCUGCUCUGCAAGCCAUCCGCAAGAAGUUGACUCUCAUAGACCUGGAGGAUGAAUCCAUCGAUGCUGACCUGCUCAACUCACUGGCCGUCAGCAUGGAUGACUUCCAGUGGGCACUGAGUCAGAGCAACCCAUCGGCUCUGAGAGAGAUGGUUGCAGAGGUGCCUCAGGUCAACUGGGCAGACAUCGGAGGACUGGAAGUGGUCAAGAGAGAGCUACAGGAGCUCGUUCAGUACCCAGUCGAGUAUCCAGACAAGUUCCUGAAGUUCGGGAUGACGCCGUCUCGUGGUGUGUUGUUCUACGGUCCUCCAGGCUGUGGGAAAACCCUUCUGGCUAAGGCUAUUGCCAAUGAGUGCCAGGCAAACUUUAUCUCCAUAAAAGGCCCUGAGAUGCUCACCAUGUGGUUUGGAGAAUCAGAGGCCAAUGUCAGAGAUGUUUUUGAUAAGGCCAGACAGGCAGCCCCCUGCAUCUUGUUCUUUGACGAGUUAGACUCCAUUGCCAAAUCCAGAGGAGGCGGUGGUGGGGACGCAAGCGGUGCCGCCGACAGAGUCAUCAAUCAGAUCCUCACAGAGAUGGACGGCAUGUCCGACAAAAAGAACGUUUUCAUCAUUGGUGCCACAAACAGACCAGACAUCAUAGACUCGGCCAUCCUGCGGCCGGGCCGUUUGGACCAGCUCAUCUAUAUCCCGCUCCCAGACAAGCCAUCUCGCUCGGCCAUCCUGAACGCCAACCUACGCAAAUCUCCUAUCGCACGAGAUGUGGAUCUGGCCUUCCUGUCCGAAAUCACAGAGGGCUUCUCUGGAGCUGACCUGACAGAGAUCUGCCAGCGAGCUUGCAAGCUGGCCAUCCGCGAGGCCAUCGAGGCCGAGAUCAAGGCGGAGCGUCAGAGGCAGAACAGUCCAGGCAUCCCCAUGGAGGAGGACUUUGAUCCCGUCCCUGAGAUCAGAAAGGACCACUUUGAAGAGGCGAUGCGAUUUGCCCGUCGCUCUGUCAGUGACAAUGACAUCCGCAAGUAUGAGAUGUUUGCUCAAACUCUGCAGCAGAGCCGAGGUUUUGGAAACUUCAGGUUCCCCUCUGCUACUGGUAAUCAGUCUGGAGAUCAGGGGUCAGGCUCCGGUUCAGGGGGGCCAAAUCUCUACAGAGAAGAAGGCGAUGAGGAUCUCUAUUAGUGAUAAAAACCCAUCAUACUGCACAGUGUUUUCUUCCAUCACUGCUGUGCCUGGCUUCUCUGCAGGGAGAGCAACAGAUGGAUGAAAAACACGUUUUGCAAACAGGAGUUAUUACAUGAAUCAAACAAGAAUUCAGAUUUUGACUGCCUGGAUUUAAAUAGGGUUAUAAAGAUGAUAUUCAAUGGAAAAACCAAUAGACCUGAUUUGGGCAUAGAGAAAAAAUGUUUAACCACAGGUUGUGUGUAUGUUUGAAAUGUCAUAGAUACAUUGAUUUGCAUGCCUUUAGGAUCAGUCUUAUCUUGCUAUGCAUGGAUUAGGUGUUUAAAGCAAUCUGAAAUUAUACUGAUGCUGAAGGGGAAUGUAAUUGUUUCCAUUUAGCCGCACUGCUCAUUGUAAUUUUUUUCUUUUAUUCAAGAAAACUUGAAUAGAAGUUAUUUUUUCUGUUUAAAGUGUGAACAUUAAAAACCCUGUACAUUUCCUAAUAUAACAAGUCAAAAUUUCGACUUCGAAAAGCGUCUGUUAGAUCGACACAAGUGUAUUUAAUAUGAUGCACAUCUGAACACACAAUGUGAACUGAAAUAGGAAUAAAUUAAGAAAGAGCUGACACAACACACAGCUCCUCAGGGCUUUCUGACUGGUGCAUUUGAAAGAUUCAGGUCAUGCAAAGUACAUUAGUUUCAAGUGAUGUAAAUAGUAUUAUGUUCCAAUAUACUCCUAUACGUUAAUGUAAAUAGAACUUUCAGGCCCAGAUAAAAAAAUCUGGGCCUGAAAAAUCCGAAAGAGAUGUGUAUUUCUGGAAGUGUCUAAGAGUCUGUCAGUAUUUCUGAACACUUAAUCCUCUUCAGUAUCUCUAUACACUCAACAAAAUUGUAUUUCAUUUCUCUGCAUAUUCACUGAUAUACAGUGAAUGUGAAGCCUUUAGGUCCACCUGGUGCAGUUUCCCUCUUUACAAUACAGCCUGUGUUGAAAAAAAGUGAAUACUUGGCUGAAUUUGAAUGUUUAUUACCUCAGCGAAAGAAGUUAUGAUUUCAUCUGCUCUCUGUUUGUUAUUAAGCAGGAUUAGACAAAUACUGCUGGACGGAUUACAAGGAAACUUGGUGGAAGGAUGUGAUGUGAGUCAGUGAAGAACCAAGUAGAUUAAAGGUGUUGGUUUCAGAAUCAGGGGGUGGAUUCCAGGACUCUUGUUUCACUCUCUUGAGCAUUGCGAGAUGGUGCAUUCUUUUGAAAUUGUUUACAAUUUUCCUGGGUAAUAAUUACUGGAUCUAGAUGAAAAAAAUAAAGGCAUAUUAAGGGAAUCUAUGAGUGUGUGUAAUUCGGUGUGGUACUGAUAAUGGACCUAUGAGUGACAAAUAAAGCUAAAGCUCAAUACCAUUUACAUGGCUUAAACUCUA